UAACUGCCAAGGAAUAACUUUGACAAAUAAAAGAUACUGAAAAGUAAUAGAAAAUCUCUCAUUACAUACAUUAUGAAUUUUUAAUUACAAUUAUUAUAUAAAUGAGAUUUUUUUAUGUAAUAGACCAAAUAUAUAACAUAUUUUAUUAUAAAAAUCUACUCGUAUGUAUGUAUUAUCCCGAAUAUCUUUAUUCACAUAAAUUAUUCAAGAGCACGGAUGCACUUAGCUUUAUGUUGACGCAUACCUGAUUCAAACUAAAGAAAGAUAGCAACGUAAAAAGAUCUGCCUAAAGAAGAUUUAAAAGUUUUAACAUGAAAUCUUUCGAUUUAGCAUGUAUUGGCAAGUAUUACGCGGCAAAAAAAGACUACAUUUAAGUAUGUUUAAAAAGGCAGUUCAGAAAAUAAGUGAGGUUAACCAUAAGUUAACGAUCUGUAAUAUAAGAUUGUAUAUUUGUUAGUUUAAUAUUAUGGAUGCUUUAAAUUUAUCCACACGUACGAAAGAAGAUGAUGAAGAUGAAAAUAAUGAUAAGGUUAUUGCUCUUAAAAAUAGUAUACCAUUUUUGAAGGAGCUCUUUCAUAUACAUAAAAAAGUUGGAGAAGGCACAUUUAGUUCUGUUUACUUAGCUACUUUAAAAUCAUCUAAUGGUUCUAAAAAAUAUGCAUUAAAACAUUUGGUACCUACUUGCCAUAUAGAAAAGAUAGAACGCGAAUUGCAAUGUUUAAAACAAAUUGGAGGUCAAGAUCAUGUUGUCAGUUUAGAAUUAUGUUUAAGAAAUCAAGGAUCUGUUGUAUUUGUAAUGCCAUAUAUGAGACAUGAUAAGUUUUCUGAAUAUAUUCAAGAUAUGACAGUACAAGAAACAAGAGAUUAUAUGAGAGCACUAUUAAUUGCAUUGCGAAGAGUACACAAAUUUAACAUAAUACAUAGAGAUGUUAAACCAAGUAAUUUUUUAUAUGAUCGUUUUAAUAAAAGAUAUUUAUUAGUUGAUUUUGGAUUGGCUCAAAAAUAUACAACACCAGCAUUAAAUAAUCAGAAAUCACUGAAUAGUACAAUGCAAUCUAUAAAACGAAAAAGAUGUGAUGAGAAUAGCAAAAAAGUAUCUUAUACUUCUGAAGAAAAAAUGUACAUGAAUGAUACAUGUUCAUGUUUCGGAAAACCUAAAAUUUGUUCCUUAUGUUUAACUAAUCCUACCCAAGCAGCACCUCGAGCAGGCACUCCAGGGUUUAGAGCUCCUGAGGUGUUAUUAAAAUAUCCAUUACAAACACCAGCAAUUGACAUUUGGGCAAGUGGAAUAAUUAUGUUAUGUAUCCUAAGUAGUACACAGCCUUUUUUUCGAUCACCAGAUGAUUGUACAGCUUUAGCAGAAAUAAUAUCAAUAUUUGGUACACAGAAAUUACAACAUUGUGCACAAAAAUUAGGUAAAAAACUUAUUGUUAGUGAAAAUUUACCAGGAAUUGAUUUAAUGACUUUAUGUCAAAAAUUGCAAAAAAGAAACAAAGAUUUACCACAGACCAGUAAUUGUAAAAUCAAGAUACCAUCAUCAUUUGUACAAUAUCCAAAAGAAGCGUACCAACUAUUGACGAGUCUUUUAGAUUUAAAUCAUAAAACUCGAAUUACAGCGGAACAAGCUUUAGAUCAUCCAUUUUUUAAAUUAUCAUUAUAAGUAGUUUUUACAUAAAAUUAUUCUAUAAAUGAAAUAAUAUAUAUGUAUAUAUACAUACUG